AUGAGGCGGCUGUGCCCGCGCCCGCUGCUCUGGGCCGCGCGGGGCCCGCGCCGCCUCUCGUCGGGCGCUGCCCCGGGCAUGGAGGAGCUGCUGCGCCGCUCGGUGCCGCCGCUGCCGCCCUACGAGACCAAGGAGAAGGCGCCGCCGCCCGCCGAGCUGCGCGGCGCGGAGUUCGUGCGGUUCUAUCGCUCGCUGCAGCCCGGGCCGCCCCGCGCCGAGCUCCUCACCCGCCUGGCCCGCGACUUCGGCGUGGAGCACGGGCGGGUGGCCGAGGCCGCCGCCAAGGUGCUGCAGGCCCGCGAGCAGCGCAGGGAGCCCGGGGCGCUGCUGCAGGCCGAGGACCGGCUCCGCUACUACCUGACCCCGCAGUACCGCGGGCUCUUCCAGCACCUGGGCCGCCUCGAGGGCGGGCUGCGCUUCCUCGUGGAGCUCAGGGCCGACCUGAUGGAGGGGCUGGCGAGCAAGGCGGUGGACGGGCCCCACGUCAAGGAGAUGAAUGGAGUGCUCAAGAACAUGCUCUCAGAGUGGUUCUGCACAGGAUUCCUCAAUCUGGAGCGGGUCACCUGGCAAUCACCUUGUGAAGUUCUCCAGAAAAUUAGUGAUUCUGAAGCUGUGCACCCUGUCAGAAACUGGGUUGACAUGAAACGUCGAGUUGGGGCCUACAGAAGGUGCUACUUCUUUUCUCACUGUGCCAUCCCAGGAGAGCCACUGAUUGUCCUGCAUGUGGCACUAACCACUGACAUCUCCAGCAGCAUCCAGGCCAUAGUGAAAGAAGUGCCUCCUUUAGAGACAGAAGAUACAGACAAAAUCACAACAGCAAUUUUCUACUCCAUCAGUUUGACUCAGCAGGGCCUGCAGGGGGUGGAACUCGGGACUCACCUGAUCAAAAGAGUUGUCAGAGAGCUGCAGAAAGAACUUCCUCAGAUAAAAGCUUUUUCCACACUUUCACCUAUCCCAGGAUUCACAAAAUGGCUCGUUGGUCUCCUCUCCUCCCAGGCAAAAGAACAGGGAAGGAGCGAACUUUUUACAGAAUCCGAAUGGCAGGAAAUUUCUGGGAUCACAGGAGACUCCACCAGCGAAACACUGAAGAAACUCUUGAACACCAACGAGUGGGUGAGGUCAGAAAAGCUGAUUCAGGUGCUGCACGCCCCCCUGAUGAGACUCUGUGCCUGGUACUUGUACGGGGAGAAGCACCGAGGCUUCGCCCUCAACCCCGUGGCCAAUUUCCACCUGCAGAACGGCUCGGUGCUCUGGAGGAUAAACUGGAUGGGGGACACGAGCCCCCGGGGCAUCGGGGCCUCCUGUGGCAUGAUGGUGAACUACAGAUAUUUCCUGGAGGAGACAGCCUCCAACAGUGCCCUGUACCUGGGCUCCAAGCAGGUCAGAGCCUCCGAGCAGGUGCUGGCCUUGGUGUCCCAGUUCCAGCAGAACAGCAAGCUGUAGUUUAGCAGUGUGAGCACUCAGAAUGAAUGUUCCUCGCUGUAAAGAGCUGCAAUCAUCUGCAGUGUCUUUACUUCGAUCAGAAUGUACCUUGUGGGACAGAUGUGCUCGCAGUUCCCUGGGUUCUCAGGCUCUUGCUUGCAUGGCUGUGUACUCAGGCUGCUUGAAUCACCUCUGGUGUGUGCAGAGUUGGAGUUGUGUGUUCAUGGAGAGUGAAAUCCUCUUCAUCGGUUACAGCCCAGGGGUCACUUGAAUGGAAAAUACCUGAGCCAACAUUAUUCUGUUGGUAAUAAAUUGCAUAAGCUGUCUUUGAAAGGAACUGCACUUCUCUGUCAAAAUGCUGCUAUAGAUUGUUCACAACCAAAGUACCUAAAAUAAAGGUAAAUUUUGGGUCAAAUAUAUUAUCAGAAGAGCUAUCUACAAUAUCUGUUUUAUUUCUACAGUAUCUGUCUUUUGCACCUUAAGAAAAAUCUCAUGUAAAACUUCCUGGUAUUUUCCCUUUUCAAACUAAAACUCACUGAAUCCUUGCUUUGCUGGAGCCUGGAAAAGCCUUUCACUAAUGCUGGAGAAUCAGGAUCUCAGUACAGCAGCUACGUGAUGUUAUAUUUGCAUGUUUUGGCUGCUAAAAUUCAAUGAGCAGUAAGGAAGUGUUCAAAUAGGAGAGGAGAACAAGCCAGAUUAUGAUUUGGGAAUAAGUUGAGGACUUUCUAAAUAUGUAUAUUGUAUUUUUGCUCUGGUGAUGUUUUAAGUUGAU